AUGACCGGAAGGUAUACAAGAUCAGAAGUUUUCAAGAUGAGCUUUGCGAUCCAGAUCAUGAAGAAUGGUGGAGAUGAGAUAGGUGAAAGAAAGUUCGCUAGGAUGCGGAUAUACCAUCGCCUCACGGCCGUGGGGCCGCCUUCGUGCUGCUCCUCAACUUGGCGAUCUGUGGGGUCCUGGAGGAAGCAGUCGUCUGCGAUCGAGUUCCUUCACGAGAAGAAUCAAACUGUGCUCGUGCUGGGAAGUGGCGGACUAGUUGGACAGGAGGUCGUCCGUUGGCUGAGACAGAAUGGAUACAAUAUCGCACAUGUAAGGAACAGACUGCACAUAGACCUUCGCGAGCAUGGUUUCAUUGAUCGCAAACGCAGAAAGUAUGAGUUAACAGGUUACUUAGGCGCGCUGGGUGUAUUCAACGGCACUAAGAUAGAUCACUGCAUGUUCUUGGCUUGUGAGGUGGGUGGAAGCAAAUUCAUUGAAAGCUCCGCUCAGAACUUACAACUUGGAAUCAUCGAGAGCAAUCUCAGGAUAUAUCAGAACGUCCUACCGUGGCUCGCUGACCGCAAGAUACCUUUCACUUUCACCUCCUCCUAUUUGCAGGGAACGGAAAACUCCUACGGGGUCGUCAAGAGGCUGGGCGAGCAAUGGAUCCGAAACUUGGACGGGCUAGGAAAAACUUUGAGGCUAUGGAACGUGUAUGGGGCAGAGGCUAUAGGGCUCAAGAGUCAUGUCUUGUCGGACUGGGCCCAGCAAUGUGUCCAGCAGGGGUCAGCGACGUCGCGAACGGAUGGUCUAGAGGAGCGACAGUUCGUGCAUGUCUCGGACGUGGCGGACGCCCUUGGCGUCGCCAUGCUGCAUCAUCAAGCACUUCCGUCGGAGACCGACAUUUCCACCGGGGAGUGGAUAAACAUGAGGACGGCAGCUAAUGAGCUGGAGAUGGCUGCGAGGCAGAAGUCGCUGGACUGCCAUGUCUCCUUCAGCGAAACCCCAGCGACCCAUAGGGAGAGAUUAUCUCCGAAGUUUAACAGCAUGUUGCAUGAGAUCUGGCAACCUCAAGUGAGUCUCCGAGAUGGCUGCAGGAGGGUGCUCGAGAGCUACUUAGAUGCUGCAGAUUGCAAGAAAGAAGAAAUCCCUUCAGGUUAGGAGCAGCUUCGACAAAUCGCAACUAGUGAUAAACUGCAGUGCUAUUUCC